AUGAUGCAUCACGUGUUAGCUCUGAGUUUCAGUACAACAGUAGAAGAAGACGUUGUGAGGAAUAGUGUUGCUGGUUUUGUCUGUGUAACAAAUGUUGACACCUCACAACAAAUGUUAACUCUGUUGUCCCCUCAACCAAAACCUCUGCCUGAAACAAUUUACCUCAUGUCAGAUGUACAGUUCAUUGACAACAAUGCUUGA